CUCUCGUUGCUCUCUUUUUUUGGAGUUGAGAGAGUGAGUAAAUGUUGUAUCGGCAUCACCAUUUUCUCUCUGCAAGAUAUUCAUAUUCUUGCACGUGGACAUAAUGGCAAAAAAAACUGUAUUAGAUAAAGCUAAUCAAAACGAAAAUACUGGUAAAAAUAACGAGGACAAUAUGAAUGAAGAUGAAGAACAAAAUCUUAGUGGCAAUGAUGAUUCUGAUGAAGAAAUAUCUGAUGAGGUGAUGCUUGGUGAUAUAUUGGCACAAAAACCAUCUGAAACUGAUGGUGUUGAAGCCGUAAUUAUUGUUGAUGGUGCACCAAAAGUUGAACCUCAACGUCUUGAAAAAUUGAAUACUGUUAUCAACAAAGUUUUUGGUAAAUUUGGCAAUGUUGUUAAUAUAAAAUAUCCAAGAAAUGAAGAGGGCAUAACUUUAGGUUAUUUCUUUUUGGAAUUUGACAAUGCAUUGAAUGCAAUAAAUGCUGUCAAAUCAACCAAUAAUUAUAAGAUUGACAAACAGCAUACAUUCAAAGUAAAUUUAUUUACUGACAUGAUGAAAUAUAAUGAAAUUCCAAAAGAUUGGGCACCACCAACACCAGAACCAUUCAAAGCUACUGGUGAUUUACAUUAUCAUUUAUUGGAGCCUGAUGCAUAUGAUCAAUUUUGUGUAUUGUCUGGUAAUGGAUCAAGUGUUCAAGUUUGGCUUAAUACAGCACCUGAACCAACACUUAUUGAGGAACGUCAACGUUGGACACAGACAUACGUUAAAUGGUCUCCUUUGGGUACAUAUUUAGCAACAUUCCAUGAUCUUGGUGUUGCACUUUGGGGUGGUCCACAAUGGGAAAAACAAGCUCGUUUUAUGCAACGUGGUGUUGAAUGUAUUGAUUUUUCACCAUGUGAAAAAUAUAUUGUAACUUAUUCACCAAGAAUGGAUGGUUCUGCUGAUCAACGUCGUCUUGUUAUUUGGGAUAUUUUAACUGGUAAUGAAAAACGUUCAUUUUAUCCAGAUGGUUCACUUGUUUGGCCAAUAUUCCGUUGGUCACAUGAUGAUAAAUAUCUUGCUUGUAUGGGUGAAGAUUUAUUGAGUGUUUAUGAAACACCAUCAUUUGGUUUACUUGAUAAAAAAAGUAUAAAAACACCUGGUAUACAAGAUUUUAGUUGGUCACCAACUGAUAAUGUACUUGCAUAUUGGGUACCAGAAGACAAAGAUGUACCAGCACGUGUAACAUUACUUGAAAUACCAUCACGUAAUGAAAUACGUACUAAAAAUCUUUUUAAUGUUGCUGAUUGUAAAAUUUUUUGGCAAAAAUCUGGUGAUUAUCUCUGUGUUAAAGUUGAUCGUUUUGCUAAAAAAAAAGAAAAAACAGAACAUAAAUUUCAAGGUAUGUCAUAUAAUUUUGAAAUAUUUCACAUGAGAGAAAAACAAAUUCCAGUUGAUUCAGUUGAAAUGAAAGAACCAAUUCAUGCAUUUGCAUGGGAACCAAUUGGUAAUAAAUUUGCAAUAAUACAUGGUGAAAUACCAAGUGUUAAUGUAAGUUUUUAUGAAGUUAGAUUUGGUCAUCAACCAGCAUUAUUAAAAAAAUUGGAAAAAAAAGCAUGUAAUCAUUUAUUCUGGUCACCAGCUGGACAAUUUGUUGUACUUGCUGGUUUAACAACAAUGGCUGGUGCAUUAGAAUUUAUUGAUACAAAUGAUUUUACAAUAAUGAAUUCAACUGAUCAUUAUCAAAUGUCUGAUGUUGAAUGGGAUCCAACUGGACGUUAUGUUGUAACAGGAGUAUCAAGCUGGAAAACAAGUGUUGAUAAUGGAUAUUGGAUGUGGACAUUCCAAGGAAGAAUAUUAAAACGUGUUAAUUUAAAUGCAUUUAAUCAACUUUUAUGGCGUCCAAGACCAGCAUCAUUAUUGAGUGCUGAACAAGUUAAAAAAAUUAAGAAAAAUUUAAAAAAAUAUUCAGCACAAUUUGAAAGUAAAGAUCGCAUGAGAUUAAUGAGAGCAUCAAAGGAACUUAUUGAAAAACGUUGUCAAUUAAUGAAAACAUUUAUGGAAUAUCGUGAAAAACGUAUUGAAGAAUGGAAUGCACAGAAAAAAAGACGACUUGAUUUACGUUCUUAUAUUGAUACUGAUACACUUGAAUCAGACACGAAAAAUGUUGAGGAAGAAGUAGUUGAAUUUUUCGUCAAGGAGGAGACAUUCGUUAUCGAUGAUAAAUAAAUCAAUAUUAAUUCUACAUACUAAUGGAUCAUUUUUUCAUGCUAAAGCUAGGAAAGAUGCUCUUCUAUUUGAUAACAAAAUACUUGUAUGCUGGUUGUCAAAUUAAUAAUAUUUAUCUCUACACACCCAAUAUCAAAUUACCAAGCCGAGUUUAUUGGAUUCCGGAUAUCAAAUUUAAAAUUAAUUGUAGUCAUCAAGGACUGAUAUUUUUGAUAUUUUUAAUUUGUAAAAAUUUUAAUUAUAUUAAAAAUAUCAGUCCAGAGUACAGAAAAAAUUUCUAUCAACAAGAACAAAAUAUUACGUUAAUAUAAUAUUUUUAAUUUCUGUAUAAAUUAAUUUGCUCGAACAAUAAAAUAUUGAUUGACAUUCGACAACUUUGUUGCUUUAUUUUUAAGAAUAAAUUUGUUUUUAUUAUAUUUCACAUUUA